ACGGUAUCUAGAGCAACCCAAGUAAACCAAACAAACAAUGGCAUUCAAAUUCACCAUCCUCUUCGCCGCCUGCAUCGCCGUGGCCAGCGCUGGUGUUGUCCCCGUCGCCGCACCCUUGGCCGCCGUUGCCCAGGUGGAGGAAUACGACCCUCAUCCCCAAUACACCUACGGAUAUGAUGUUAAGGAUGCGCUUUCCGGUGACUCCAAGACCCAGGUGGAGACCCGUGAUGGUGACGUGGUCCAGGGCCAGUACUCGCUGAACGAUGCCGAUGGCUACCGUCGCAUUGUGGAUUACACAGCCGAUCCCAUCAACGGCUUCAAUGCUGUGGUGCGCCGUGAACCUUUGGUCGCCGCUGUUGCCGCUGCUCCCGUCGUUGCCGCACCGGCACCAGUUGUGCACGCCGCUCCCCUCGCGGCUGCUGCUCCUUUCGCCUACGCAGCUGCCCCGGCACCAAUUGUGAAGGCCGCUCCUCUGGUCGCCGCUGGCCCAGCCAUCGUCAAGACGCAGUUCGCCUCUCCACUUAUCUCGUACGCCUAUUAGAUGACAAAUAGGUGCCGCCCGACCUGAUAAUUGCCGUUAGUUGUUAUUGAAUAAAGAAUGUGAUGUCAUAGAACAA